AUGAACUUACAGACGAACAACGACAUGAACAUACAGACGAACAACAUGAACAUACAGACGAACAACAUGAACAUACAGACCAACAACGACAUGAACAUACAGACGAACAACAACAUGAACUUACAGAUGAACAACAUGAACUUACAGAUGAACAACAACAUGAACAUACAGACCAACAACGACAUGAACAUACAGACGAACAACGACAUGAACAUACAGACGAACAACAACAUGAACUUACAGAUGAACAACAACAUGAACAUACAGACCAACAACGACAUGAACAUACAGACCAACAACAUCAGGAACUUAGAUGAACAACAGCAUGAAUAUAUAGACGAACAAUGUCAUAAACAUACAGACGAACAACAUGAACAUACAGAUGAACAACAACAUGAACAUACAGACCAACAACGACAUGAACAUACAGACCAACAACGACAUGAACAUACAGACCAACAACGACAUGAACAUACAGACCAACAACAUGAACAUACAGACCAACAACAUCAGGAACUUACAGAUGAACAACAGCAUGAAUAUAUAGACGAACAAUGUCAUAAACAUACAGACGAACAACAUGAACAUACAGAUGAACAACGACAUGAACAUACAGACGAACAACGAUAUGAACUUACAGACGAACAACGACAUGAACAUACAGACCAACAACGACAUGAACAUACAGACCAACAACAUCAGGAACUUACAGAUGAACAACAGCAUGAACAUAUAGACGAACAAUGUCAUAAACAUACAGACGAACAACAUGAACAUACAGAUGAACAACGACAUGAACAUUCAGACGAACAACGAUAUGAACUUACAGACGAACAACGACAUGAACAUACAGACGAACAACGACAUGAACAUACAGACGAACAACGUCAUGAACAUACAGACGAACAACAACAUGUGCAUACAGACGAACAACGUCAUGAACAUACAGACCAACAACGUCAUGAAUACAGAUAG